AGCACGAGGACUUCACGCACAGUACAGUACUACCGCUAGUACCGGUAGGUGCGUCCAAAGGCUUUGACGGAACGUGGGCGGUUGCUCGUUCGUGGACGGGGGUGUCCAUAGUACUGAAAAUACGUAGAAAUCCCGUAGAAACACGAUGGACAGGAGGGGUAAACGUCCAAGACUGUCACUCAUCUGGACUGCGAGCCGCAGCAUCACAAUCACAAGGCAAUGUUGAGACAACCUUCUGCCUUUUAAUAAAAACACUGUCUCGAAACAAUAGCAAAGAAGCGACGUCAUGCCCACUGGCUUGGAAGAGGCUUUGGCGGCCGUCACCGCUGCAUUUUCGGUUUGUGACAUAGCUAGCAGCGCCGGAGCCCCCGUCGCGAGCACAAGUACGCUGUACGCUGCAAAGAGAAAUUCCUUGGCGCAACCAGAAAUCGUGCAAUCUUUGAACCCCCCGGAAGGGACCCUGAAGCGGACAACCCUCCGUAUCUGUCCCCAGUUGCGAAAGCGAUCGUGGAGAUUUAUCAGAAACCGCUUCCUCGUCGCUCAUAUGUGCUUUAUGCUGAUGCGUUGACUGGCAAGACUGCGGCUGCCAGGCACAUCAUGAAGACAAUGUUGGAAUCAUGAUUGGAGGCCUUGCCCCGAACGAGGACUACUUCUCACAGAUGGCAAACUUGCUGGGCGCCACCGGUGCGAAGGGUUGGGCAUGGGCUCUGAUCCAGGCAUUGGUGCCCGAUCCAACGGCGGAGCCACAAAGGGCGCAUUCGAUCAUCAUUCUCGAUGAGUUCAAUUCGGCUGGGCCCGGCGAUAUUAACAUUCGUUUGCCAAAAUGCUUUACAAGGCUCUUACUGACAAAUCUAUUUACUUGUUGAUUAUGACCCAAGACAAGAGCGUCGGGGAUAAACUGGCCGACCUUAACAAUCGGUCCAAAAUCACUGCGCUGCCUGGUGCUGUUAACAACCCAGGAGAACCAAUGGGAAAAGCUUUCGAUUGGAAGCCGAUGCCGUGGGACACUGCCCUCUUGACGAAAUACCUCAAAAAUUUGGACCGUGGAAAGAACGCCGCAAUUUUCAAAGACAAAACGAGCGAAGUGAGCUCAACUGGCUGGACCGUCCCAUGACUCCGCACAAUGCUCGAUGGAAGUAUGAGGAGAAAAUUGGCAAUGCAUUUGACGAAGAAUUGAAUAAAAAAUGAUGGAUCUGUAUGGAGCAGACAGCUAAAAAGUUCCACCAAAGCCAAAGGAUGAACGCAGCCGUCGGGGUCUUCUGAGGAGGCUUCUGCUGCUUCCAAGCGGAACCAGAUCUACCCCGUUUUUAGAAGAAGGGUUUGGGGGUUUCCACUAGACCUAGUUGGUCUUUCUCCAGUGGUCCAGCGUGGUUAGACUCACUCGACUCCGUAUUCGAGGAAUAGCCACCUAUACCGUAUGUACUAGUCUACCGUAAACGACGGCCGCGCUUUGAUGCUUCUGAAACUGUUGCCGUGGUUAGACUAACUAGUGUGAGCAAUGAUGGCGUUGAAGAUGAAGGUACGGCCUAGUGACAGGUUUCGAUCCAACUCAACGAUUGCAUUUCAGCCGUCGAUCCAUCCAUCCACACAUCCACUGUUGUGGUUUUUAUCAAAUCUGGGCCAAUGGUAUUCUAUUAUUAAUACCGUACUCCAAUGACUUCUUUUGCUUCUUUGGAGACCUUUCCAUGCGUCGAAACGAUGUCGGCCUUUCGAGGAGUAACCACUAGAGCGGGUAGAGAAGAAUUGUGACAUCCACUAUGUGCAGCAGUAUGCAAGGCCAUUUCGGCUGGCUGUUGUGCGGUAGUGUGAUGAAAAAUUGGGCCAGGGAAGACGUUGUAUCAACGUUUUAGUUCUUGCUGCGAAGGCCUCGCUUUAUCUCCGAGGGGGUAGCUAUGCAUAACUGCGCUGCUUCGGAUACUGCCGCCAACAAAGAAGCAAGCUGCCCUCAUGAUUAGCUAAAACGCCACCAAGGUUCUGGUAGCAGGUACCUGCACAGAACUAGUCAGUUGUUCAAAUUCAAAGUGAGGUCCAGACGAGUUAGUUGCCUUCAUCCCUGCGUCGGGCUGUCGACAGAGAAAACUGCCGCGCAGCCAACAACAACUAACUGGGACCGGACCAUUACUUUGGCUCAUAACCAAAUCGUCGCUUCAUCCCAUCACCGGGAUGUCCAUCCAUCGGACCAUCCAAACAUACCAACAACAACA